AACGAAUUUAAUUUUAGUUGUUUUUUUUCUUCUAAUAAUCUUCUUGAGCGUGUUGUAUACAAAUAUUAAGCUAGAAUGCUUGUAGAUUCCACUUCUCUCUACUUUUUUUUCCCUCUUCCUCUUCUUGCUCUUUGUCUUUGUUAUUGAAGAUGGAAAGCUACAAGUGCAAGUUUUGCUUUAAGACCUUCGUCAACGGAAGAGCUUUAGGUGGUCACAUGAGAUCUCACAUGCCUAGUCUUCAUAAGUUUAGCAUUCAAGAAGAAGAGGAAAGGCCGAGUCAACUCAGUAUUGAGAGUAAGUCGAAUGUUUCUUCUUCGUCUGAAGAAAUAGAAGAGAUAAGUGGGUUGAGAGAGGAGAAGCAUCGGACGAUGGAUGAUGGAAGCGAGACAGAGUCCUCAAGGAAUAUUGUUAACCUGACACGGAAACGUUCCAAGCGAACUCGGAAACUUGAUUCGUUCUCAAGCAAGAAAAUGAUAAAAACGAGUCAACUCGGUUACGAGCCUGAGGCUGAGGCUCCUCAUAGCUCGGCUUCUGAUACGACAACGGAGGAAGAUCUGGCGUUUUGUCUCAUGAUGCUCUCGAGAGACAAAUGGAAGAAGAACAAAGUUAGUAGUCAUAAAGAAGUAGUGGAAGCGAUCGACGUAGAAGCAUCAGAAGGUUACAAGAUUCAUACAACGAAAGGGAGAUACACGUGCGAGACGUGUGGGAAGGUGUUUAAAUCUUAUCAAGCAUUAGGUGGGCAUAGAGCUAGCCACAAGAAGAACAGAGUUUCCAACAAAACGGAGUACGAUGCUGUGGUUGUUGCUGCUCCAGAGAAGAGAAUCCAUGAAUGUCCGAUUUGUCUUAGAGUUUUCGCGUCGGGACAAGCACUUGGUGGUCAUAAAAGAUCACACGGACUAGGGAACUUGUCUGUAAAUCAUCAGGUAGAUCGAACAGAGCCAGUGAAACAGAGGAUACUAGAUCUUAAUCUUCCUGCACCGACCGAGGAAGACGAAGUCUCUGUGGUGUUUCAAUGAAUGCUGGAAAAAGGUAACAGACUUUGCGUGAUUGGGGUCGUCCACAUUUUCGUAAAGUUUGAAUCUUUUUCUUUUUUUUUUUACUAUUAUUUUUUCUUUUUUUUCCUAGAAAAUAAAAACCUAAAAUGUUUAUUUUAAAAUGCAAAAGGAGAGGCUACUUUUACAUG